AUGGAGCAUGACAAAGAUGGAGCGAAGCCAGAGCAGAGCUUCCAGCAGAACGCAGACGGCAAGCAGGGCAACCGAGAGAGAAUGAACCUAGACGAUGUGGUCUGGGCGCCCUGCCCUAAAGAUGGCUACAAAACCGCCAAAAUCAAAGACAUCGGAGCAACAGAUAUAACAGUGAAAUUCUCCGACGGCUCUCCUGGUGUCUUUGGCUAUGACGACAUCUAUCCGACUGAGAAGGACUUGAAACGAACCGUGGAUGACAACUGCGCGUUGAUGUACUUGAACGUGGCCAACUUAUUGAACAACUCGAAGGAGCGCUACAUCAAUGACAAAUUUUACACCUACGUUGCCAACAUUCUAGUCGCCAUUAAUCCCUACAAGAAUAUUAAAGGUUUUUAUGAUGCUGCUACAAUCAAAGCCUAUAAAGGCAAGUCGCUUGGAACUCUGCCCCCACAUUGCUUUGCAAUCGCUGACAAGUCGUAUCGUGAUAUGAAGGUGUUCAAUCAGUCGCAAUCCGUGAUUGUUUCCGGCGAAUCCGGCGCCGGAAAAACAGAGAACACCAAGUUCAUGAUCAACUACCUCGUGCACAACUACGGCUCAGGACAAAGCUCGCUUGAUGCGAAAAUUAUUGAAGCGAAUCCGCUUCUUGAAGCCUUUGGAAAUGCGAAAACCGUUCGAAACAACAACUCUUCCCGCUUUGGAAAGUUUAUUGAAGUCCACUUUAACGAGAAGCACGCCGUCGAUGGCGCUCAGUUUUCACAUUAUCUUCUUGAGCGCUCAAGAAUCGUCUCGCAGAACAAGAACGAGCGCAACUACCAUAUCUUCUAUCGACUAUGCGCUGGAGCCCCUGCCGAUGUCAAAGGCGCUUUGAAGCUACAAGCGCCCGAAGCAUAUCACUACCUAAAUCAAGGCGACACGAGGCUCUUUGGAUCACAGCUAAAAGAUCCCAUGCUGAAUGAUAAGGGCGAUUUUGUCCGGACCGAAAACGCGAUGAAAAAGAUCGGAAUGGCAAAAGACAAAAGAAUGGAUGUUUUUAAAAUUGUCGCCGCAGUUCUCCACCUCGGAAACGUAGAAAUCAUUGAUGGCUCGAAUGGUGGAGCAGAAGUAACGCCAAAAGGUAUUCCAGCGAUUAAUGCUGCUGCAGAGCUUCUUGGAAUGGAUGCAACGCAGCUGAUCGAAUCGAUAACAACGAGGGCGACGAAAAUUCCCGGAGAAGCGACAUUAGUCAAGAAAGCUUUGAUUGCAAGAAAUGCUAUUCAUGCCAGAGAUGCUUUGGCAAAAGCUCUCUAUGCGAAACUUUUCGACUACGUGUGUGAAUUGAUCAACAAAUCCAUCCCUGCUGGUGGCUCUAGCUUCAUCGGCAUUCUGGAUAUCGCAGGUUUCGAGUACUUCGAGAACAAUUCCUUCGAGCAGUUUUGCAUCAACUACUGCAACGAGAAGCUCCAGCAGUUUUUCAACAAGCGAACUUUGAAAGAUGAAAUGGAACUUUACAAAACUGAAGGUCUCAAAACAAAAGGCGUUGAAUACAUCGAUAACCAGGAUAUGAUCGAGCUGAUCGAAAAACCCCGCGUAGGAAUCAUUGACGUUUUGGAUGAAGAGAUGAAAUUGCCUAAGCCGCUGGACUCUCACUUUGCGGAAACACUUUACAACAAUCACAGGAAAAACGGGCGCUUCCUCUCGCCCCGAAAAUCACCUGUGACAAAGUACAAAGCGCUGACUGACUCUGAGGCGUUCAUUUUGCGACAUUUCGCGGGAGCUGUUUGCUACAAUGUCAACGGCUUCGUCGACAAGAAUACGGACGGCCUUCAUGAUUCCCUCCUCCAACUUUGCGCCACUGCCAAACAUUCCAUUCUCGUCAAGAUGUUCGCCGCUGAUGCAAAGCGAAAAACCGGCCGCGGCAAACUUCAACUCAAAUCAAAUGGUUCCACCUUCCGGACGAAUUUGAACAUUCUGAUGGAGAAGCUCAACUCAACUGGUUCUAGCUUCAUCCGCUGCAUCAAGCCCAACGAGAAAAUGGCGCCACAAGAAUUCAACGGCGCAAGUAUCAUGAGCCAAUUGCAUUCUGCUGGUAUUCCCGCUGUUUUGGAGCUGAUGCAAGCUGGCUAUCCCUCCAGGACGCACUUCUCCGAUCUUUACGGAAUGUACAAAAAGCACAUGCCGGCGAAACUGUCGAAGCUGGACCCGAAAUUGUUCACUCGAGCUCUUUUCCAGGCGUUGGGACUCAACACCAACGAUUUCACCUAUGGCGUGUCCAAAGUUUUCUUCAAGCCCGGAAAAUUCGCCGCCUUUGAUCAGAUGAUGAACGGCGAUCCAGAGCACCUGCGCGAGAUGCUCAAAAAGUUGAGCAGUGGCUCAUCAAAGCCAGAUGGAGAUACUACAUUCACGGCGUAUGGAUGGCGAUCAAACUCGAAAAGAAAAUCGAGUAUCGAAGAGCUGCAGCAACAACAGUUCAGGCCUACUGGCGAGGAUGGCUCGUCCGUCGUCGACAAAAGCUCGUUUUGGAGCUCUUCCGUCGAUCCAAGAAUCUCGUCGCUCGAUCAGAUGAGCUCAUUCAAGCGGCGUCGAAGGUUCCGAAAGAGCAAGAACGGCUCAGAAAACUGGAAGAAGAACGCAGGCGGAAAGAAGAAGAAGAACGCCAGCGAAAAUUGGAAGAAGAAGAACGAAAAAGAAAGGAGGAAGAAGAGCGAAAAAUGCGGGCAGAAAUGGAAAAACAACGAAAAAUUGAGGAAGCAAGGCAAAAGAAGAGGAACAAAAAUGCAAAAGAUCCAGGCUCAAAUGGAAGCCGACAUGGCAAGGACCGCUGCUGAGGAAACUGCGAAGCGACAACGGGAGGAACAAGAACGACGCGAUAGGGAGCUUGCCUCGCGACUUCAAAUGGAGCAAGAUGAAGAUGCUUCUCAAAUUGGUCUAUCCACAGCUCCAACGCGGCAAAAGAAUAUCGCCAAGAACGAAAAGGGACAGAGAUAUGACCUCACAAAGUGGAACUACGCUCAACUGAGAGAUUUUAUCAACACAAGCAGCGACGUUGAAAUGAUAAAAAGUUGCAGGGAAGAGUUUGCGCGAAGACUGCAAGCUUAUCACAAGUGGAAAGACCAGAACAAAGCAUCUGGGCAGAGCACUGGAACACAGUCAGAAGCUAGAAUGCCCGAUAACGUUCGUGCGAUGGCGGAACAAGCUGUCAGUCAAACGGGUUCAUCAGCGCCGGUGACAGUAAAUAAAAAACAGCGAUACUUCAAAGUUCCUUUCAAUCCUCGACAGGGAGGUGCGAAACUAGGUUGGUGGUAUGCUCACUUCGAUGGCAAUUACGUGAAGCGGCAGAUGGAGCUCCAUCCGAACAAAGAGCCCAUCCUGCUAAUUCGUGGAAGACAUGACUUGGAGAUGUGCGAGCUGAGUCUUGAGAAAACCGGACUUACAGGUCGCAAAGGCGCCGAGAUCUUCCCACAUAUAUUCGACGAGAUGUGGGAGCGCUGUGGUGGGAAGCUCAUUACCGAUUGGAAGCCGCCACCACGUAGAAAGCAGAACUGA